GACUAUCUACUGAGUAAUUGUCUGUUUGGAGGUUGAGACAUGAUUGGGGAGGCCUGGCCUGCCCCUGUGUCAGGUGAUGGGGCUGGCCCACCCAGGGGUGUGGCAGCAGGGCUGGCCCCUGUGUGACUUGUGAUAACCCCACCCUACCAAGGAGGAAGACCGGAUAAAAUGGGCCCCUGAGAUGGCUGUGGGGAGCCAAAGGGGCCUAAGAGACUAUGGGGAGAAGGACAGCCAGUUCCUAGGCAGCCCUGCCCCACUGUUUCUGAUAAGCAGGAGGCAGUUGUUCCCUCAGCCUCCUGAAAGCAAUGAGGAGUUGAGGCCAUGGGAAUGUAGCUUUGGAUUCCAGAAGUCAAGGGCCUGUUACAAAGGUGGUUUUCUGGGAAGCAAAUCAGAGGGAUUAGACCUGGCUUCAACAUCUGACUUGACUCCAGCCUACCAAAGGAUCUCCCAGUUCACCUGGGAGUUAACACACCAGGGUUCUAGUCCUCUUACUUGCUGUGUGGCUUUGGACAGAGCCUGCAGCCAACAACGCCCCAGGAGCCCUCGGUUCCAACCAACUGAUGCCCCUGUGCCCACUGGCCCAUGCCAUGCAGCCCCAGUCCGUUCUGCACAGCGGCUACUUCCACCCACUGCUUCGGGCCUGGCAGACAGCCACCACCACCCUCAAUGCCUCCAACCUCAUCUACCCCAUCUUUGUCACGGAUGUUCCUGAUGACAUACAGCCUAUCGCCAGCCUCCCAGGAGUGGCCAGGUAUGGUGUGAACCGGCUGGAAGAGAUGCUGAGGCCCUUGGUGGAAGAGGGCCUACGCUGUGUCUUGAUCUUUGGCGUCCCCAGCAGAGUUCCCAAGGACGAGCGGGGUUCCGCAGCUGACUCCGAGGAGUCCCCAGCUAUUGAGGCGAUCCAUCUGUUGAGGAAGACCUUCCCCAACCUCCUGGUGGCCUGUGACAUCUGCCUAUGUCCCUACACCUCCCAUGGUCACUGCGGGCUCCUGAGUGAAAAUGGAACAUUCCGGGCUGAGGAGAGCCGCCAGCGGCUAGCUGAGGUAGCACUGGCAUAUGCCAAGGCAGGAUGUCAGGUGGUAGCCCCGUCAGACAUGAUGGAUGGACGUGUGGAAGCCAUCAAGGAGGCCCUGAUGGCACAUGGACUUGGCAACAGGGUAUCAGUGAUGAGCUACAGUGCCAAGUUUGCUUCCUGUUUCUAUGGCCCUUUCCGGGAUGCAGCUCAGUCAAGCCCAGCUUUUGGGGACCGCCGCUGCUACCAGCUGCCCCCUGGAGCACGAGGCCUGGCCCUCCGAGCUGUGGACCGGGAUGUACGGGAAGGAGCUGACGUACUCAUGGUGAAGCCGGGAAUGCCCUACCUGGACAUCGUGCGGGAGGUAAAGGACAAGCACCCCGACCUCCCUCUCGCCGUGUACCAUGUCUCUGGAGAGUUUGCCAUGCUGUGGCACGGAGCCCAGGCUGGGGCAUUUGAUCUCAAGGCUGCCGUACUGGAGGCCAUGACUGCCUUCCGCAGAGCAGGUGCUGACAUCAUCAUCACCUACUACACACCCCAGCUGCUGCAGUGGCUGAAGAAAGAAUGACGGAGACAGUGCAGGCCUGAGAACUAGAACUUUGAAACGUUCCCGGGGCCUCAGAGAAGUGAAAACCAAAGUAAAUCCUGCUUUUAGAACUGUGCCCUCGUGCCCUCUUCCUGCUCACAUGCUGGCGGGGCCCAGCAGCCCCGGGUUUUGCCGGGUUUUGCCAGCAUGCUGACUCUUGGAACUCGCAGCUGCAUCCUAUGAGCUCUCCCAAGCUUCCCCGCCCCUCGCCUGGGUCAGCCAUGAGGCUCACCUUUGCCACCCUCAGCUCUUUCCUCUGGGGUGGCUUCAGCUUGAAAGCAACCUGGAAUCGGGGGCGCAGGCUUUGGGGCAUGGCUGGGAGAGAGUCUUGGAGCAUUAGGGGAAGAGGAGAGCAGAGGGAUCUCGGGGCCUGAGAAGCCUUGGAACGCUUCUGGCAGCAGAGCUGGGUGUGGGAAUGAGGCCUAGAUCGAUAUCCCUGGGUUAGAGUUGAAAUUUGCUGCAAUUCCACUGGAAGGCAUUUCCCACACAGGCCAGAGGUUGCCAGGCUGCCUGAGGUCUCCUGUUCUACUCUGAACCAUAAACCCAGAGAAGAAUUACUCAUUAAGCAGCAGAAAUACUGCCUGAGGAUCAAAACUCAGAGGCAAAGAGGGAGUUCCUGACUGCUGGAGAUGCCACCACCACAAAUACUUUUUAUUCAAGAGAGACUUUUUGAGAAUCUCUGCUCUGUUCCUAGGUUCAGUGCUGGGUCCUGGGAAUACAGCAGGACAGACCUCAGCUUGUCUCUUCAUAGAAAUUAUACAAAGAGAAUAGGGGAGACAGCUAAGAAGAAAACAAAGAAAUAAAGCAGUUAGAAAUUUGUGAUAAGUGCUCUGAAGGAAAUAAGGGGUCUGAGACAAAGAACAACAGGGCAGGGGGCCUCUCUUGAAACGGUAGUUGGGAAGGAGGCAGACAUGCACCGGUGAUGUGGUGACAGGUGCUGUGAAGGAAGUCACCAGGACUUGACCUGCUUUGAAGGAUCAGAAAAUACUUCCCUGAAGUACUGACAUUUGAGCCUAGACCUGAAGGGUGAGCCGUCAAGCUAAGACAUAAUUGGAGAAGAACGUUACAGGGAGAGGGAGGAGUUGUGCAAAGGCCCUGGGGCUGCUAGCUGGAGGAAUGCAAGGCUAGCCUGUCUGGAGCACUGAGAGGAUGGCCUGAACUGAGUGGAGACAGACCAGGACCAAACCAUGCAGAGAUCAAGGGCCACAUUCACCUUUUCAGAGUGACUCAAUCAAAUUCUGCAGUUUGUAAAAGUAUUUUAACAGUCCUGUGGCAAAGUGGAAAUGAAAAGUCUUGAUGGUAUGGACUGGAGCGGGGACAGUGGGGAUGGAAAAAGGGGAAUGGAUUGUGGAUGUGUUUAGAAGGUAGAUUAGAUGCGAGGGAUGAAUCUGGCUUGAUCUUCUGGGUGGCUGAUGGGCCAUUUACUGAGCUGGGGCAGCCUGGAAGAGGAACAGAAGCAGGGUCAGGGUGGAGGGAGAAUACUAAACUUAGCUUGAGACAUUUUGCAAUGAGGAAGCUAUAUCUAGAGAGCUUAUGGGACUCACCUAAGGCCACUCAACAAGUUUGUGGCAGAACUGGGUUAGAACCACCCAGAAAACAGCCAAGCUGGGAUCUGAACCCAUGUAGUCCAACUCCAAGGCCUCUGCCCCUAACCACUGUGCCAUACCACCUCCCAAUAAUCAGCAGCAAAAGUAUGGGUCUUACAAUGUUAUAGAGAUACCCCUCCACUUAUGUGAUGGGUUUGCAUCCUGAUAAACCCAUCAUAAGUUGAAAAUAUGAUCAUAAGUCAAAAAUGCAUUUAACCCACCAAACAUCAUAGCUUAGCUUAGCUUAGCCUGCCUUAAACAUGCUCAGAACACUUACAUUAGCCUACAGUGGCCAAAACUAUCCAACACAAAAUCUAUACUGUAAUAGAGUUAUAAAGAAUUUUGAAUCAAAAUUCAGUAUUUGAAGUACA